AUGGGAGAGAGGUACGUACACGUUCCUUGCGAUAUACUGUCACUUGAUUGCAAGUCUUUUGACCUGUUGUUGGAAGCGGAGAGGCGUUACCUGCAUUGCCUUGAAGAAGUUGCAUGGAUAGGUGCUCUGAUUGACUUAAUUCAACUGUCCCCCGAGGCUGCUGGAAUAUUUCUCUUGGGGCAAUGGAUAUUCGAGAAACAGACGGUUGCUGAACUCACCGCCUCAGCUAAAUCCGCCGGCAUUAGUGACGCCGAUGUUUCAGCAUUUGUGUCCUACUUUGCUGCAGUGGAUGGAAAUCUUGGAAACUACCUCUCAUUUGGAGACACCAAAUUUGUUCCAGGUCUUUCAAGGGAAACUUUCACAACAAUUGUAACUACAAGCGAAGCGUAUAGCUCGUUACCGGAAGUGAAGGAUAUUUUUGAGAAGGUCAUUGCAGCAGUAUAUUCCUUGCAUCCGCGUCGUCUUCGACUUGCUUUUCCUCCCGAUGGCUUGACAACCUAUUACUCCGGAAACUGCACUCGUGAAGAUGCUGAAAUAGUGCAGAAGUACUUGAAUGCUAAGAAAAUUGAGGGCUAUAACACGCGCAUAUUGAAGAGUUUGCGCCCAAAUUCUGAUGGAAAGCAUGAGUAUCUCAUUGCUUUUGCGUCAUCUAUCAAGAAGGAGGCAAUACUUAGUGACCCAUCCUUACCUAGCAAUGCGACUUUUAAAGCCUACUAUGGAGACCUUCAGGAGCUCAUGAUGGUCCUAGUCGACGCCAUUGACGAUGUUAAGGCAGCAGCACUAAAUAAAACACAAAAGUCAAUGUGGGAGAAGUUUCAGACUUGCUUCCGGACUGGGUCAAUCGAAGCUCAUAAGGAGGGUUCCAAAUUAUGGGUGUCUGAUAAACAGCCAACUGUGGAGACCUAUUGCGGCUUUAUAGAGAGUUAUCGUGAUCCCUAUGGUGUAAGAGGCGAGUUCGAGACUUUUGUCGCAGUCGUUGACAAGGACGUUUCUGCAAAGUUCAGUCACCUGGUUUCCAGCGCACCCAGCUUUCUUCCCCUUCUGCCGUGGCCCGCAACCUAUGAAAAGGACAAAUUUCUUGAACCUGACUUUACCAGUCUUGAUAUUAUCGCCUUUGGGGUGUCUGGUCUUCCUGUCGGCAUAAAUAUUCCCAAUUAUGAUGACAUUCGACAGGCAAUCGGUUUUAAGAACGUUUCUCUUGGGAAUGUUCUCAAGGCUCAUUUUCAGGACCCGACGGUCACAUUCAUACGUGACGAAGAUCGUGAGACUUAUCUCACUAACGUCACACAGUCGUUCGAAAUACAAGUCGGCUUGCACGAGCUCCUUGGUCAUGGUUCUGGAAAACUAUUUCGCCGAAAUGACGACGGCACUUUCAACUUUAACAGUGCAGUUCGCGACAUUGUAACUGGAGGUGACAUCACUCAUUGGUAUGAGUCGGGUGAGACAUGGGACUCCAAGUUCAGUCAAAUUGCCUCCCCCUUUGAGGAGUGCCGUGCGGAGUGUGUUGCAGUUUACCUCGGUGAUGUUCCCCAAAUUCUUCACAUCUUUGAUAAGGAGGGGAAGUAUGACCCGUCUGAUGUGGUAUUUAUCAAUUGGCUCUCCAUGGUUCGAAGCGGUCUCACGAGUCUGGAGUUUUACACUCCAGCCACCAACGAGGGCGACUGCGGAGCUUGGCGACAGGCUCACUGUCAGGCUAGAUUCGCCAUACUCAAGGCAAAUAAGUCGGGUUCCAACUCUUGCGUUCUUCUCGAGUGCAACCCGCCCGUGGUGCAGAUCGAGUCGGUGCAAGGUGAGGAUGGCAAGCCCGAUCUUCAUAUUCACCUAGAUCGGAGUCGACUCGGUUCGGUUGCUAAACCAGCUAUUGGGAGCUUUUUGCGGAAACUUCAGUACUAUAAGAGCACCGGAAAUUCUGAGGAGGGGAUUUCUUUCUUCGUGAACGCCUCUACUCCUACAGUUGGGCACUUAGAAUGGCGUCAGAUCGUCUUAAAUCGCAAGAAGCCGCGGCCCAUCUACGUGCAGCCAGUUACCCUUGAGGAUACUGACAACGGCUCAAUCACUUUGAAGAACUAUCCGGGUACCGAGGUGGGCAUCAUUCAGUCCUUUGUGGACCGGUACUCUGUAAAUAGGCGCUAUGGCAGGCGUGCCCUGUCUGCCCUUAAGGCCGUCUGGGAGCGGGAGCAACAAUACUUCACCGGCAUUCCCCUUUGA